AUGGCUUCCGAGCUCUUUUCUGAAGAAUUCCUCUCUCCCGAGGUCCAGGCCGUUCUCCCUGAGGGCUACCGCCUGCGUGCCCUCCGCCGCUCCGAUUACGAAACUGGCUUCCUCGACUGCCUCCGUGUCUUGACUACCGUGGGUGACGUCUCCGAGGAUGCAUUUGCCAGGCAAUUUGAGGCCAUGCGCAGCCAGGGUGGCUACUACAUCAUCGUCAUUGAGGACCCCUCGCGCGAGUCGACUCCCAUUGUUGCUACCGGUGCUCUGAUUGUUGAGCGCAAGUUCAUCCACAGCCUUGGUGCCGUCGGCCACAUCGAAGACAUUGCCGUCGCCCGCGACCAGCAGGGCAAGAAGCUCGGGCUCCGCCUCAUCCAGGCCCUCGACUACGUUGCUGAAAAGGCUGGCUGCUACAAGAGCAUCCUCGACUGCAGCGAGGCCAACGAGGGCUUCUACAUCAAGUGUGGCUUCCGUCGUGCCGGUCUCCAAAUGGCCCAUUACUACGAGGGUUCCAAGGCCAAGGCCUGA